AUGGUCACAUGGAGGCGCUGGAUUCUACGAAGCUCCCCUGUGAUCGGAGAAAAGCCUGUUUCAGUGGAGCUGAGCUGUGGCGCUGGGCCCAGCCAUGUAGUUUUGGAGCCAGGACUGCCCCUUUUGCUUGACUGCAACCUAGGGGCCAGUGACGCACCCGUCAACAUUACCUGGCUGAAGGAUGGUCAGUCGCUGCCACCAGAGGAGAGCAAUUAUUUGCAGUAUUUGGCCAACGGAUCUCUCCUCCUGCUACCCACCUCCUCAGGCAGUGACCCUUCCCAGAGAGUGGAGGGUAGUUACAGCUGUGUGAGCACCAGUGCCCACGGAGCACUGACCAGCCGAACCGUGAAUGUGCAGCAAGCAAGUCUGUCUCAGUUUUAUCAGGAGCCAUCAUCACAAACAGUGCCCUUUGGAGAAUCUGCUCGCUUUGAGUGCCGAAUUGAAGGAGUGCCCACUCCUGUUAUAACCUGGGAAAAAGACAGAGUGGCCAUCCCUGAUGAAACAAGGUUCAUUUCCCUUCCCAACGGGGUUCUUCAGAUUCUGGAGGUGACUAAAGAAGAUGAGGGUGUCUACCGCUGCCUUGCAUCCAAUUCUGCUAGAAAGGACAUCAGUGAUGAAGGCCGACUUAUUGUCACUACAGUCCCUAAAGAUGCCCUGAGCUCUGUCGUUAUCGUCGCACCGCCUCAGAAUGCCACCGUCAUGCUUGGCCACCCUGCUGUGAUGGAGUGUAUGGCACAAGGUCACCCAAAACCACUGGUGUCUUGGAGCAGACGAGACGGAAAGCCCAUUUCCACUGAUGUGGUUGUACUUGCUACUAACCUGGUGAUACGGGACACGAGGCGUCACCAUUCUGGCGUCUAUGUCUGCCGAGCCAACAAGCCCAGGACUAGAGAAUUUGUCAUCGGUGCUGCUGAGCUGCAUGUGCUUGCCCCUCCGGUGAUUCUUCAGCCCCCAGAGUCAGUGUCCCUGUCUCGAGGAAAUACAGCCAGAUUUCUGUGCAACAGCUCCGGGGAGCCUCCUCCUGUGCUGCGCUGGCUGAAGGAUGGCCAGCUCAUCAAGCCGUUCAGACGGGUGAAGACGCAAAGUCCCGGAGUGCUGCUCAUCAACCAGCUGGCUCUGGAAGAUGCCGGCUACUAUCAGUGCAUAGCUGACAGUGAGCUCGGCACAGCCUGUGCCACUGCCAAGCUGACGGUCAUUGUGAGGGAGGGACUGCCCAGCCCUCCUCGCCACCUGUCUGCAACGCCGUACUCCAGCACCACUGCCCUGCUCACCUGGGAGAAGCCUGAGUAUAACUCGGACCAAAUUAUCGCCUACUCUGUGCACUUCCAGCACACUGCAGGUUUUGACAACGUGGAGGAUCGGUUUGCUGUAAACAAUGAGACGACAGAGUAUCUCUUCAAAGAGCUUCUCCCUCAUACUGCCUACACGUUCUUCGUUGUGGCAUACGCUCCCAUGGGAGCUAGCCCCCCCUCGCUGCCUGUCACUGUGGAGAUGCUGGAGGACGUGCCGAGUGUGCCUCCCCAGCUGUCUGUCGUUAGUAUGACUCCCACCAACAUCAGGCUGACGUGGCAUCCGCUGUCCUCCCAACACAGUCGAGGAGCUGUUACCCGCUACCGAAUUGAUUACAACCCCCUGGAUCAGGUGGACACUGUAUUCUCAGUGGAGGUGAGAGGAAACGAGACUCAGUUUACACUAAGAGAACUUCAUCCGAACCGGAUGUACCGUCUGAGGAUAUCAGCUGGAACCAUUGUUGGCUUUGGUGCUCCCUCUGAGUGGGUCCAGCAUAAAACAUUAGCCCACUACAACACUGACCAUACCCUGGGUAAGAAAACCACUACAGCAGAUCAACGAGUAUUUAUUAACCUGUUUAUAUCUAUUAAUUCACCCAACAGUUGUAAUGUAAUGAGACAUAAUGUCAAACCCAAGCUGGACAUCCAUGCAGUUACAGGCAUCAUAGUGGGGGUUUGUUUGGGGCUGAUAUGCAUCCUUCUCUGCAUGUGUUUUAGCUUUCGUAACAGCAAACCCAGAGAAAUAUCCAGAGGUGUAAACUCCACAGCUGUGACGGCUCCGUACAGAAAAGGUGGCUGCCCUCUUCCAGUCAGCCUUCCAGACUGCAACGAUAGCCAUGAGCUGGAGACUCUAAUGUCCCCAAGCAGGCAAGAGACGGGUCAGCAGCCAGCAGAGGACCCAGAGGUGCAGGGUUUGAUGGCAAGCGCUAAUCCAGGGGAAGGAGAGGACGCCUCUGCACCUGAACCCAAGGUUGCCUGGAAUGGCUCUGUGAGUCAUAACUGGGCCAACAGAAUCACAACAUACAGAGACACUAUAAUAGAAGAUUCCCCAGCACUGAUUAAUGGAGCACUCAACAUUGUUAUCACUGCUACUGGCAUGGAAUUAGAUGGCCGUGUGUGUACAUCGCCUUGCAGUAACCAGGUCGAAGCAGAAGUCAUUGUUCACUCUGAGCUGUCCGACCCUGGUGGGGUGAAGGAGGAGGAGGGAGUCAGCGCCAGAGGACCCUCAUUAUCAGAGGACGUUUACUCCCCUUUGAGUCAGCCAAGUUCCCCGGGAGAGGAGGAGCCAAUAGAAAAACUUCCACUGGCUGAAAGUCCCUUGAGUCUUCCCUCAAAAACAUUUGUGGUUAAUCACAACAGGGAGGCAGAAGGCGCAAGGCACCAACUGACUGCAGAUGCAGAGCCACAGCGGGACACGGGACUAACCAAUGGCUUCCACUCUCUGAAGACUGUGAGGUCUGUGUUGAGGUCAGAGCAUUUGGAAAAUGGAGACUCCAGACACUGCCCUUCUGCAUCAGGAAAGGUCAUCGCUGCUGGACCCUUUGUCAGCUCUGGCUUUGUCCACUCUACCUCAACAGCGCACACAUAUCUGUGCCCAUAGCUUCUGCAUGAAGGUCUUCAG